UUUGAUUGGCGGAAUAGUUUAGUCAUCGACUUUUAGUCAGGGUCAUUAAUUUAGUCAUUUAUCUAUUUUUAUUUUUAUUUUAAUCUCAAAGUAGGCAUGCGCCAUUGUUGUUGUUGUUGUCAUUUUUUUCGUAAGCAGUGGUUUUCCACUGAGCUAUCGAUUGCGGACGAUAUCUUUUUGUUUUUUGUCAAAAAUAAACAAGUUGGCUGAACGUGCUACAUUGCCAGGUAUGUAACUAAAAAUAGAAGCUUAUUGUCAUUUCCUUAUUUAACAAAUAUAUCUAAUCAUAUUUGUCAUAUAUUUUGUAGCUAGCUAUUUUUUGUCAGAUCCUGAAUCCAUUCAAGAAUUGCGGAAGGGAGAAGUUAAUGUUCUUAAUGAUGAUGGAGAUAGAAGUGAAGCAGCUUUUUUAAAAAAAGGGCCGUUCUACAGAUGUUUGCUGAUAGUUGCUGGCGAUUAUUUUAACCUUGUUAUUAUUAAAAUCGUACCUUGACAUAAGCCUAACGUCGCGACGAGGUCACUAAGUAAAGUAUCUUUUUAUAACAACGUCUAGAGUAGAGAGUUGAAAAUAGCAAGAGAAUAUAAGAAAAUCUUUCCUCAUUGGCUUGAAGGUAUACUAAGUUUCAUUUUUGCGCAAUUCCUAAAGUCACAGUUCAGGGUAUUGUCAAUUGUCAAAGAAUAGUUUGAAGACACUAACAAUUAAACCUAAAAUUGAUGUCUAAUGCUUUGUUGUUUAAUGCUUUGCAAGCAAAAAAUUUAAAUUUGUUUAGCUAGCGACCUUAGAUAAUUAAAUCCUUUAAAAUUGCAGCUACUUUUUUAGCAGUAAAAGUCAUAUCGUGUUUUGUUUAUUCUACGUUAUUUAUAAAUAUUUUAAUUUUUUAUGUAGUGGCCAUGUUGAAUUAAUUCAUCAUUGUUUUUAGGUUUUUUUUAACUGUAGCUACCUGAUGAAGCAUUCAAAUCUAAAAUUCAUAAUUAAAAUUACUUCACAAGCGUGAAAUUUAUUUAAACGCUCUGACGUCAAAUGCGGUUUAACAAACAAGACAUAUAAAUGUCUUAUUUGCAAAAACAUACUCACACGCGUGCACACAUCAACAGUCGAAGGAAAGUAUGCGUUUUGGAAAAGCAGUGCAGCUGUUAUUUCGAAAAUUUCGUUCCGAAAAAGAAUGCUUUGGGCACCCGAUCAAUCAUCUUUCAGCUAUUAUCAUAAGUUGGUAUCAUAAGUGGAUGUUGAACUUCAUCCUUUGAUUAGUUUAUAAACUCUUUCAAAACAAGCCAUUCCUGGCACGGCGUUGACAUAGCAACUGUGCGUGGAUAGCCGCGGAUCCUUUAAAAUUUCUGUGUUGAAUUACUGUGUUGAUGACAUCAUGUGAUAUACAUGUUGUCGCUAAAAACAAGUAUCAGACUUAUUUUUAAUUUUCCUUAAUUAGAUUUUAACAUGGCUAUACAAUUGAUGUAAAUUUAACAUGGCUACAGUUAAUGAAAUUACUACGUGACUUCAGUUGCUACUCCUAAAUUCUUAAGAAAAUCACUUAUGUAAACGAGUAAUUAUUAUUUUUAUCUUGUAGUAUUAAAUUUAAUGGUUUGCGCAAAUACAGGACACACAGCAGGAGGAUUUCUUUAGAUACGCAUGACACGUCUGAUAGAGAAAUGGAUUUGACAAUUUGGCUUGCAUUGUUUUUCUUUAACGUUAUUGAGGGAACAAAGAAUACAUCUGAUGAAAACGACUGUUCACUAUUUCAAAACAACUACAAGCAACUACAAGCAUUGCCUAACACAACAAAUUGCUUACAACUAAAGGCAAGUGUCUCCAACCUUAAACAAGUAUGCCAUAAGUACCGCGCAACAUGCAAAGGAUUUCCACACUCAGAAAAGUUCACCACAAACGACAAAGACAAAAAUAUUUUUGUCGUAGGCCUCAAUAUGUCAGCUCUUCCACAAAAAGCGAGAAAAGAUUGCUGGGGAGUUAUUUCACACAUCACUGGAGGAAACUUGAAUAAAUGCGAGUACAAAAGCUUUGACCAGGGAUAUGAGGAGUUUUAUAUCCAGUACUUCACAAAUAAGAUGUACACAUUUAACAUGACCUUACUACCCACUGGAGAGACCAAGGUAAUACCUUGGCAAUCACCUGAUCAUGAUUGUACAAUGUCGGUUUCGGAUUAUAUUCAAAACGCUAUCCAGAAUUUGUAUGGUACAAGUAACUACUGUUUUAAUAAAAAAAAUGCUAUGUCGGUGAUGAAUUUCGCAAAAAUUCAAUGCAAGAAACACGAUUAUAGUGCGACCAGAGUUAAAGACAUUUUGAAAAAUAACCUUCAUGUUACAAGUGAAUGCAAAUAUCUUUUAAACAAAGUCAAAGCGAACUCAAGCAAAGGAGAGUUAGAACGUAUGUCCGUGUUGACCAUUGUAGUUGUCAGCAUAUCACUGGGCAUUGUCCUACUUCUAAGCGUGACAUGUUUUGUUGUGUGGCGCAGAAGUAAAGUUCGUCGGAACACGCAAGAUAAUGACGAAACACUCAGAAUAGUUGAACCAACAACAUCAGACAAUAAAAGUACAUCAGUUAUGAUUUUAAACCGUCCUGGUUGUGAACUACUGGAAGUAUUUCUUCGUGAUUUUGCGUUCGUUCUCAGUUCCUAUGGAAUCAACGUAAGAAUGGCAUUACUUGAGCAAAACGAAAUUGAUGCGGACGGAGGAAUAGCCUCGUAUAUGCAGAAGCAUAUUAAUAAAUGCGACUACAUUCUUAUUAUGUGCACAGAAAACACAAACGAAAACAUGGAGAUUUUGAAACACAGGCCGUACGAGUUUGCAUUGAAAAUUAUCGGAGGAAUGGCAUUUCAUCAAAACGACUCUUCGCGUUACAUCCCAAUGUAUUUAUCAUCUUAUAAAGAAUCAGUCAAAACCAUACCAUCUUUUUUAAAUGCAUCAACAUCCUUUGGAUAUCAGCUGCCACAAGAUAUAAAAAAGUUACUGUCAAGAAUUACCUCUAAGAAGCAAUUACAAGCAACCGGUGAAAGGAUAGCGAAAGAUCAAUUUUUUAUCAAAAAAAUGAAUGAACAUAGAAAGAAGAUUCUGGAAAAACAGCAUCCCCAUUGCAUUAAAGAAUAUUGCACCAAGGGUACAUGUCAUGGCAGUAUAGUUAACCUUUCAUCGAUAUGGCCAACAACUGUUCAAUCAGCUAAAUGGUCCUCUUUGCAUUCCUUGAAUAACAACAACUUAGAUGAUGUCUUAAAGGAAUCGACUUUAUGUGACAUGACUUUGGCGUGCAAAUACAAUAUGAUGAUAGGGGAGUAUAUGAAUUCCUGCGAAGAUUAAGAUUUUAUGGUCAUGUAUGGCCAUUUAUAAUAAUAAUAAUUACGCACAAAGAAAAAAGUUGCCAUUUUUCCGGUUACAUCAUCACAAUGUAACAGGAAACAACAUUAUAACUAAACCAAAUAGUUCACUGGAAGUUUGUUUUUAGAACUGCUUAAAAAAAGAAUUAUUGAUGAAAAAGUAAACAUGCUUGGGAUAUGUUUAUUCCGGACAUGUAGUAUAUGUAUAUAUUGUUUAUAUGUAAAGUAAUAUUUAUCCGAAAAAUUUUUUACUAAGCGA